UGGGCUCGUCCCGCGGCCUCCCGGCGGGGUGCGCGUGCGCACUGCGCUGGUCCUCCACGGCGGGGCCUCGGAGCCAAGACGAGAAACCAUGCGGCCGUGAAGAUGUAGUUACAGCUUUCACAUGAACACAGCUGGCACUAUUAUAAUCUAGUGCUCCAAAGGAAGACAGUCAGUGAACACAAAAGGACAGUUCUGAGGCCAACAGAAUGUAGGAACCUGAACUUGAAACCUGAGCCACUGCCUGCAGCCAUUAACUAAUAGGAGACAAUGAAACAGAAGAUGGAGCCAACAUGGAACAGUGUCCUUCAUUAGGAGUCAGCCGUAGUGACGGUGGAGAAUCCCCAAGAGAAACUCAAGAACCUGAGCAUCUGACCUGUAUGGACUCUGGGGAUUCUUCCUUUGGACAGAAUGAUUCUCCUACUAUUUUGCCCAAUCCUGCUCCUGAAACAGAUGAGUCACUCACAUCACAGGACAUGCCUGAGACACAGACCCUUCAUGCAGAGCAGUUUCGUCUUUUGGACCCAAAUGGGCAGCCUAUUCAAUAUGACCUUCAGUCAUUGGGGGAUUCUAAUACACAAAUGAUGAUCGCCAUGAGCCCAUCAGAAAACGGACAGGUGCUUCAUGUAAUUCCAUCUUCCCAGACAGGAAUGGCCCAAGUGAUUAUACCUCAGGAGCCGCCGGUGGAUGUGACUAGUCCUCAAGAUGCCUCUGAAGAGAAGCCCACUGACAGAAGCUUACCAGCUGUAAGAGCAGACACUCUAGAAGCCAGCACCAAUGACUACAUUCUUCGUUCUCAAGCAUCCCUUGUGUUUCCCAAAAAGUCAGGGACCAGAAUGCUCGAAGAAAUUUUGCCAGCUCCUCUUCAGCCACUGUCUUGUAAGACACCGAUAUGGGCCUGCCGUCUUAGGAGUUGUGAGAAAAUUGGAGACUCCUACCGUGGCUACUGUGUCAGUGAGACUGAACUGGAAAGCAUCCUCACUUUCCACAAGCAGCAAACUCGGAGUGUCUGGGGCACUCGCCAGUCUCCAAGCCCAGCCAAACCUGCCACGCGCUUGAUGUGGAAGUCCCAGUAUGUGCCCUACGAUGGCAUCCCGUUUGUCAAUGCAGGUAGUCGAGCUGUAGUUAUGGAGUGUCAGUACGGACCAAGAAGGAAAGGUUUCCAGUUAAAAAGAAUCAGUGAGCAAGAAAGUAGGUCUUGUCAUCUCUACAAAGCUACUUGUCCAGCCAGGAUUUACAUUAAAAAGGUACAGAAGUUCCCUGAAUAUAGAGUGCCUACAGACCCCCAGAUAGACAGGAAGAUCAUCAGAAUGGAGCAGGAGAAAGCCUUCACCAUGCUGAAGAAGAACUUGGUAGAUGCUGGUGGUGUUCUUCGAUGGUACGUGCAGUUGCCUACCCAGCAAGCUCAUCAGUACCAUGAACUAGAGACUCGGGGCCCCCCUCUCUCACCGGCUCCUUUUCCUGCGUCUGCCCCUGAGGAAGAGGAAACUGUAGUCAGAGAUGAGAACAGUGCGUUGCCCUCGCGCCUCCACCCGCAAGUAGCGCAUAAGAUUCAGGAGCUAGUGUCGCAGGGCGUGGGACACGUGUACGCAGUGAGGAAGCAGCUCAGGAAAUUUGUGGAAAGAGAACUGUUCAAACCUGAUGAGAUACCUGAAAGACAUAAUUUAUCAUUUUUUCCAACUGUAAAUGAUAUAAAAAAUCAUAUCCAUGAGGUACAGAAAUCUUUGAGGACUGGAGAGGUGGUGUAUCACUCAGAGGUGAUUCCAGCAAUGCUUCAGUGGACCACAGAUAGUGGGAAUAUUCUCAGAGAGACUGUAACAGUUACAUUUGCAGAAGGACAUUCACUGGGAGAGCCAGUUGCCAGCAGCGUGGGGGCGCGUGGGACACAGACUUCUUUGUCUUCAGAGCCAUGUCACCUGCUCUCCCCACUCUCUUCAUUGCAGCCCAAGAUCUUCUCACACUCACAGGGUUUGAAGUUACAACCAAGACUUUCCUCUCCUGAUGGAUCACAAGCUCUGGUGUCAGGAACUAGCCAUCCCUCCUCCAGUCCUUCAGGACUUGUAGAUACAGCAGGAAAUGCUGUAGUGAAUAAUCAUUCUCUGCUGCUUGGUCAAAAUCAGAGCCUUCGAACAGAUCCAUGCCUAAUGCAAAACAACAGCGCUGUCCCUACCAUGGGGAAUCUCCCGGAAUCAGUUCAGAAUCUCGGAAUGGAUCAGCUGGUGGAAGUUGAAGAUGUUGAGGAUGCAGGCGAUCUGGAAGGAAGUGUAAAUAGGAUUCUGUUGGGGGAUGUGCAAACUGUUCCAAUAGGAAUUGUAGACAGCCAUCCAGCUCUUAGAAGUCUAGAAGAUUCUCUGUCUGUGAACCAAGUUAAACAAGAACCCAAAGAGCCAACACUGCCUAUGGGAACAAAAACUUUUCAGGACUGUAAAAAAUUACCUGCUACAUAAGAUGUUUAAAGCUUUUCAGAAUUGAUAGCUCUGGCACCUUCUGAUGUCUUAGAAGGGGAAGAUUGCCAGGACAUAGCAUGUCAGUCACGGGACCAGAACUGAAUGAUGCAGCUUUGACUUAAAACUUGAAUAUUUUUUGUCAAUUCCAUAUUUGUAUUCCCCUUAAGAAAUAUUUUACUUCAUUUUGUAUUCCUUUAUUUUUUUAUUAUCCAGUAAGAUAUGUAUUUGAAAAGAUCACGGUAAUUUAAUGUAAACACAAAUGGUUAUCUCAUCCUCAGAAAUACUGAGUAUUGCUUCUUACAAGACAACCAAGUCCAACAAUAAAAGCAGUGUGAGUGCAUGUGGAGGUGUGUCAGAAAACUUAGAGUUGUGAGGAGAGUUUGAAUUAGCCCACAGGUGAGAGAACAUUUGUCAUCUGUCUUAUUUGGAAAGAUAGAGCAGUAGAUUUAAAUGGUAACACUGAGCUGCCGAUCACAUCCCUAUAGAUUUGCAUAGCAGCACAGAGCCACCAAUCACAUCCCUAUAGAUUUGCAUAGCAGCACAGAGCCACCAAUCACAUCCCUAUAGAUUUGCAUAGCAGCACAGAGCCACCAAUCACAUCCCUAUAGAUUUGCAUAGUAUCACAGAGCCACCAAUCACAUCCCUAUAGAUUUGCAUAGUAUCACAGAGCCACCAAUCACAUCCCUAUAGAUUUGCAUAGUAUCACAGAGCCACCAAUCACAUCCCUAGACACUGCAUUUGCAAUUUAUCCCCCAGGCUUUAUACCUUUAACUAUAAAUGAAUAGUACUAAUGGUCGUCUGUCAGAAAUUUCACUGACUCGGUAAGUACUGAAAAGUUUAAAUUGAAUUAAUCAGAUAAAUAACACAAAUAAAUGUAUUUUAUAUGGGAUUAGAGGUAAAUCCCUACUUAGGAAUAGAAAGAUGUAUAGUUUAGAGAAUGGGGGGAAAUGUUAUAAUCCCUACUGCUUGCAAAAUU